AUGCAGGCACGACGACGAGAGUUGAAGAUGAUUUUAAAUCAGACAAAGAGUGCUUCGGCUCCAGCAGUAGGCCCUAAAUCUGGAGGGCGGAAAUCGCACACUGGGUUCCCGAAAAAUCUCCCACCAAUCCAGUCGAAGGCGCAUGCUCGAAACAAGAACCAAUCGAAGAUCAACGUUUUGCCAGGCUAUACGACGCUAGUCUUCGAUACCAACAUCCUGAUCGGGAUGCUGACGAUUGUCAAAGAUCUCUUGGAAUCCGAACAGUUUACGAUCAUCGUCCCUUUAGUAGUCAUCACUGAAUUGGAUGGGCUAAAGAAACGUGCAAGUGAUCCUGAGUCUCAGUCCAGACGAUUAGGCGAGGAAGCACUCGAAGCCAUCAAAUACCUAGAACAGUCGAUUAAGAGUUAUUCGAAGGUCUUGAAGAUUCAGACUAGUAAGGGCAACUAUUUAAGAGACCUCUCGAUCAGGAACGAACAGAUCAACUUUCAAGACUUUGGCGCAACAGGUAAUGAUAGUUCAGCAGGAGGAAAUAUCUUGCGGGCCACGACCUGGCAAUUGGAGCACUUCUCGACCCGCCUACCGACUUCAUUGUCUAACGCGGCCUCAGGCGGGACAGAAGAUGACAACCCGGGCUAG